AUGUUAAUCUACCGACAAAGAUCCGACUACUUGCAAGUUAUAGAAUUAAUCUCGAUAGGCUAUAGAUGGUCAUUUGGUCUUGAUCCAGGCAUUAGAACCAUUAUUGUUUUUGUUGUUGAUGAAAUGUUUUCAUUUGGCAAAACUCCUAUGAGCACCUUUAAAACUACUCCAGAGAAAUGGGUGUUAAAAAUUUUACAAAAAAAUUUUAGAUUAUUCAAAAACAAUUUAUUUGAAUCCAAGAACAAUUAUCUAAAGCAAAAAAAAUUCAUUCAUCCAACCAAUAAAGUUCCAGUUACUUUUCAACAUAAAAUAUCAAAUACAAUUGAAGAAUACAGAUGGUCAUUUGGUCUUAACCCAGGUAUUAGAAAUAUUAUCACGGUUGUUGACGAAAUGUUUUCUAUUAGCAAAACUUCAAAUAGCACCUUUAACAUUAGUACAAAAACCUACUCUAGGGAAAUGGGUGUCAGUAAUUAUUCAAAAGAAAUAUUAGAGAUGACAAAAGAAAACAAUUUAUUAGAUUUUAUAAACAAUUUCCCAAAAUUAAAACCAAUUUCAAAUUUUAAAAAUUUCAAAUCUAGAAGAUCCCAAAUUGUCCAAUCAAGAUUUGAUAGAAAUUUUAAAAAAUUUGUCAAAGAUUCUGAUCCUCAUAAAUUUAAAAGUUUAAAGGAUCUCCAAUCUUGUGGCAAAAUUGAAAACUGGAAAGACCAUGUUGAUAUUUAUUGUGGAACUGGUUCUAAUACUUUAGUAAAGGGAAGCCCAAUUUCUUUUCUAAAUCAUUUAGAAAAAGAUUAA